UUUUUUUUUUUUUUUCUCCCCAGUGCGAGGAAAGGGGGUUUGGUUUGGUUUGGGUUUGUUUUGUUUGCGCCGCUCCGCUCUUCGCCCGCUCGCUCUCUCCGUCUCGCCGUGGGUUCGGGGGACUUUUUCCUUUUUUUUUUUUUUUUUUUUUUUUUUUGCUGGGGGAGGGAGAGGUUGGUUUUCCCUCCUUGCCCCUCCGGCAAGUGCUCCGCCAGCCUCCUCUCGCCCCACCAUCCCUCCCCAUGCGCCCGGGGCGGCGGGCAGCUCCGCGGCGCGCACCCGGGAGCUGAGCGGCGGAGCGGCGCGUCCCCGUCCCCGGGCAGGAUGUACACGGCCGGGCUGGCUCCUUUCUACGCCUCCAACUUCAGCUUGUGGUCAGCGGCGUACUGCUCGGCAUCGGGGCCGGCAGCCGGCGGCUGCUUCCCUCUGGACGCCGCGGCGGCGAAGAAGCCGUCCUUCUGCAUCGCCGACAUCCUCCACGCCGGCGGCGAAGCUGCGGGAGGAUCCGCCGACAGCCUGCCCGGAGGUCCCGGCACCGGGAUGCCGGCGACUCUGGGAGCCGUCCAUCACGGCGGUGCCUUCCACGCCGCCGCCUCGCCGCUCCGGCCCACGCCCGUCGUGGCCCCCGACGCCCCCGCCGCCGCCGCCGCCUUCCCGCCGCGCCUCUCGCCGCUCUCCGCCGCCUACCACUCCCACCACCACCGCCCCCCGCAGCACCGGUCCCCCGCAGCGGCGGCGGCGGCGGCGGCGGCAGCGGGGGGGGGCGGCGGAGGCGCCCCUGUCCCGGCCCCGGCCCCCGCCCGGCUGCCGGGCGGCCACACGCACGGCUCGGCGCCGGCGCCCGCCAGCAAGGACCUGAAAUUCGGCAUCGACCGCAUUUUAUCGGCGGAGUUUGACCCCAAAGUCAAGGAAGGCAACACGCUGAGAGAUCUGACCUCCUUAUUAACUACCAGCCGCCAAACUGGGGUUCAUCUCCCCAACUUGCAGCCUUCCGCCGGCCAGUUCUUCGCGUCUCUAGACCCCAUUAACGAGGCCUCUGCUAUUCUGGGUCCCUUAAACACAAACCCAAGGAGCUCAGUUCAGCACCAGUUUCAAGACACUUUUCCAGGUCCGUACGCAGUUUUAACCAAGGACACGCUGCCCCAGACAUACAAGAGGAAACGCUCCUGGUCCAGGGCUGUUUUUUCCAACCUGCAGAGGAAAGGUUUAGAAAAACGGUUCGAAAUCCAGAAAUAUGUCACCAAACCGGACAGAAAGCAACUGGCGGCGAUGCUGGGGCUGACAGAUGCUCAAGUGAAGGUGUGGUUCCAGAACCGGCGGAUGAAAUGGCGGCACUCCAAGGAGGCGCAGGCCCAGAAGGACAAGGAGCCGCCGCCGGAGCCGGAGCCGGAGCCGGCGGCCCAGCGACCCGGCGCACCGCCCGCCGCCGCCGCCGGGGAGCCCGAGCGAAGCCCCAGCCGCUCCGAGGGCGACAGCGACAGCAGCGACGCCGACUCCCUCGACAUGGCCCCCAGCGACACGGAACGGACUGAGGGAGCCGAGCGGAGCCUGCCCGCCGCCGGGCUCGGCAAGUCCUCCGGCAGCCCCGGCCUCCCCUCCCCGUCGCCCCCGCCGCCGCUGCCCGCCGCCGCCAGCCCCGAGCCGCGGAGCGGCCUAUAGACGGGGCGGCCCCGCGGCACCCGCGCCCGGGACCUGCGCGCUAAUUUAUCUCCCUUCCUCCGCCCCGGGAGCGCGGCACCGGCCAGCACGGCACCGGCCCGCUCCCGCCCGCGGCCAGCGCCCGGCCCGGCCCGGGGCGAGGGACCGAGGACGCGGGCGGAGCGGGGAGCCCCGGCCCCGGGACGGCCGUGCGUGAGGCGGCCGCCUCUCCCUCCACGCUGCUCGCAGGAGAGCGGGAUUUCUCUGAUUUUUUUUCUUUUUUUUUUUUUUAAUUUUAUUUUAUUCUUCGUCUCCCGCCCCUUGUCCUCUCCAGGAAAAUCCGAGCGAGGGACUCCGAGAACGUGCUCUGAAAUCCCUCUCUUCCCCAAACCCUCCCCAGACAAUUUACAAUGUGAAGUAUUUUGCCAACGUCCUCAUCGGUUGCAACGUGUUGCUUCGAAUAAUCCGGCCAAGAAAUACUGCACUGACAAAAAUAUAUAAAUAUAUAUAUAUAUCUCCUGUAAAUAAAAUGUUUGCUAUGGUUUGUAA